AUUGAUAUGUGGGCAUACUAUUCGCACGGCAACAACAUACUGCUUAUGCUUUGCCAAUAUAAGAACACAUCUUUGUAACUACCAUGUUCCGCGACGAUGUUGGAUUCUUGUAAUGAUGUACGGUUACGCUUGCGCUACAUCCCAGUGAGCCAAAAAGACUACAGUAUUCCGACUGGCCUGGAAUAGGCGUAACACUCUAUAUAUACUAUAAUGGUCGGGUCGGCGCCACCCCGUUACAAUUCUCUUGGCUCAUGGGCGAUAUGCGGGUGCUGUCUGUUGGUCGAUGGCGCAGAAGAAAUGUCUUCAAGCUCUCCUGUUGUCGACAUUGAGAGAUCCUUGAAUAGAGCCAGUGCAUUAGACACUACCUUCAUAACAGAGGUGGACGACCGACUCAAGGACCGAAGGAUAUCCGCCGCAAUCGCAUUCUAUUCGCGCAUUAAUAAUGUAUCUGAACGAUCAAGUUAGACAGGUUAGGUUACAGUAAACCCUGGGUCGUAGUCUACACAGUGUCGGCAAUUGUACUGGGGAUGGCGUCCUUAGUGGGAACAAUACUGGUAUGGAGUGGGUGAGUGGGGGUCUUUUGUACCACAACUAACUAAAUACGGGGCCAUCCCUCGCACUGGCAAUAUAUUUUCCCCAACACUCCAUACGAUUCCUCAUCAUCUCCACAAAGACUCCCAGCAGUCGAUACGUACAAAUGGCUCGAAACUUCGUCUUCCUUUGAUAUUAGGCUAGCCUUACGCCCAGUACUAUGUCAGAGAUUGAGGAUCCCUGCGAGAUUUGUAGAGACCGUCAUCAAAAAUGCACGACUGAUGAUAAUGAUUCCACCUGCAAGCUGUGCCGUCGCUUGAAUGCGCCUUGUGUACGCAACAAGGAUAAGUUGAAAUUCCGUCAUGGAUCGACUGCGAGAUAUGAUGCUGCAUUUAAGACUGAUCAGCCAUGGUUUACGCAAUCUAGCAAUACUAAAUUACAAUUUGUGGAUGAACGGCCAGAGCUUGAAAAUUAUUAUGCUCAGGAGGACAUUCCAACAGAAGCCAGUGUUACAAUAAAGGAAUAUGACAGAACCACUCGGACAACCUCGACCUCAAACUCAAUACCGAGGGAAAUCCACAACACCAUCCGUAAUACUUCAUCAGUUGAUCAAGCUUUUUCUAGACCUUUUGCUUUCAGUCCGCUUGAAACAACCAUGUCCAUUCAAGCGUCUAGGAGUGACACAACCAACGACGAUAUCGACGCUUUAGACCCUUAUCAGUCGCAAGACUUUACCAAAUUCCAAUCGUUACAAGCCCCAACCUUCGUUUAUGAGUCUCCUAGAAACGAAACUACCCUCUUGCAGAGGACGACUUCACUCCCACCAAUUUCUCUUCCAUCGUUGCCGCCACUCCGUCCAAAUUCGACCUUGAACAUAGCAAAGAGCCAACGUCUUGCAGACUCGGCUGCAGCUGCUGUACCAAGUGCCUCAUCAGGUCUCCUGAAACCAGAGAUCUGGAAGAAGACCUUUUUCUGGCCUAACGAUUGGACCACAACCCAAUGUGCAUGUUUAAUGAGGCAUUUUGUGGACUUCAUUGCACCUUGGUUUGACGUUUGUGAUCCUUCUAGACAUUUUGCUCUUGAUGUACCUCAACGAGCCAGACGGUGUCCGCCUUUAUUAAACGCAAUAUUCACAGCGUCCGCAAGGCAUCUAGCUCAAGCCCCAAGAUUCAAGAACCAAGCUGGUGUAGUAGAGUAUCAGGGUAUACCUCUAUACAAUCUCACCUCCGAGACUGCAAUACAAUAUCACAACGCAGUUUUGGCAUAUCUCAUUGAGCUCUCCAAAGACGCCGAGCAUGUUCGAGACAAGGAUUUGCUUGCAGCAGCAGUGAUCCUUCAGUAUUACGAAGAACACCAGACUUCAGUUACAAGCGAAGAGUCAGAGACCUUUUUACGUACAUUUCAGAUCUUCAUGAACGGCCAAGUCGAUGCUGUAUCUUCACCAAGUCGGAAGACUUUCUCACAAGAGACACAAACAUCAACGCCAUUUCACAUUGAAAGUGCGAUUAAUGGCUAUACCGUAGACGUUACGCCACUCCAACAUGCUUCAUUCAGGGUUGCACUUCGGCAAGAGAUAACGUCAGCCUUCAUGAAACAACGACCAAUUCGUCUUCAUACAGACGCGUGGUCUUGGCCCAGAUCCUUCGCUGAGGCCGAUGAUACUGUAUGGGCAAACCGCCUUAUUGUUUUCUGUGCCGAUGUGUUGCAAUUCUGUUUUGGGGGAGAUAUAUCAUCUAGCAACGGAAAGGUUCAACGGUGGAAUGAACUGAAAGACUUCGAAGACUCAUGGGAGUCCCACAAACCCUUGUCAUUCUCGUCUAUCCACUACAAAGAACCUAACCACCACAAUGGAGAGAUCUUUCCACAAAUCUGGUACCUAGCAGACACUCAUGUCUCCGGCCUGCUGUAUCUAGAUCUUGCUCGUAUCCUACUUAUCGCCUAUGACCCAACCGUCCCUCGGUUGGGACCAGGUGUGGCCGCAGCACUUCGUGGCAUUUCGGCAAAAAUUCGAGAGAUCGUCCUACGAAUAUGUGGAGUUGCGCUCUCAAACAACCCAUCAGAAUCCUCACUUCUUAUUGCACAGAUGGCUAUUGCUGUUUGCGGUGAGCACGUCACCGACCGCGACCAACAAAUAGGUAUGCUGGACCUGCUCCAUAAGCUAGAGGUCGAGUAUGCUCGCCCAACGGGGGCGAUUGUGAGGGACUUGGAGCGUGCGUGGUCGUGUGAUUCAUGAGGUAUCAUACAGUUGACAUUAAGUUGUUCGGGUCACGGUUUGAGUACACAUGUAGUAAUGGAAUAUAGCUUCAGCUGCUAUCUAGUCUAACGGAACUGUUGCUUGCAAGGGCGAUCAAACUAAACAAGAUCUAAAUUUGCAAAUAUUCACGUUAAAUAGUAUUCGGAAUUUCAGCAUAGCCUUGGGCGUUGGGAUGCACACAAGCAGGAAGGAUUCAAGGAAAGGCGAGCACGAAAAAGAAUCAAUACAUAUUCCCA